UUUUUGGAUAACAUUUUCUUAUUAAGAUAACUAAAAACGAAAUUAGAAAAUGAGAUAGUGCGCGAGAUUCCGUUAUUCUCGUUAGGGACCUUCUCGUUAUAAAAUGUCAGAAAAAUAGUACUGCAUCAAGGUCACCAAAUUUCUUUUUGUUUCUACAUAUUUCACAAACCUGUCAAAUUUUGGUUUUAAAUAUUUCAUUUCAUUUUCUUGGUAAUUCUUGAUUUGAAUAAAUGUGCUGAAACUGAGAAAUUUUGAAUUGGAAUUCAUUAUACAAAGUCAGAAAUAUCAAAAAAAAAAAUCAUUUUCCUUUGGGAUAUUGAUAAAGUUUCUAAAGGACCCCUUUUUGCUGGGAGGAUAAGGGGUUGUUUGAAUUUUUGAUAAUUGGAGGUAUAUAUUGACAAUCAGAAGAAAAUUGGGUUUAGGUAGAAAGAAAAUGGGGGUGGAUUAUUAUAACGUGUUGAACGUUGUAAAGACGGCGACGGAGGAUGAUCUAAAGAAGGCUUAUAGAAAAUUGGCCAUGAAAUGGCAUCCUGAUAAGAAUCCCAACAACAAGAAGGAAGCUGAGGCUCAAUUCAAGCAAAUAUCUGAGGCUUAUGAAAUUUUAAGUGAUCCUGAUAAAAGACAAAUCUAUGAUCAAUAUGGUGAAGAAGGUCUAAAGGAGAUGCCAUCACCUGGAUGUAGUGGUCAUCCUCGAAAUGCUGAGGACAUUUUUGCAGAAUUUUUCGGGAGCAGUCCUUUCGGAUUUGGGUCAACUGGAGUAAAGUCCACGAGAUUCUCAUCAGAAGGAAGUGCCUUUGCGGGAUUUGGUGGGGGUGAGAAUAUUUUCAGGACAGCUAGCAAUGGAACUGGUGCUAAUAUGCCCAAGAAACCGCCACCAGUGGAGAGUAAAUUGCCUUGCAGCCUUGAGGAGCUUUAUUCUGGAUCUACGAGGAAAAUGAAGAUAUCUAGAACUGUGGUCGAUAAGAAUGGGUGGUUAGUGACAGAAUCAGAAAUUUUAACCAUUGAUGUAAAACCUGGCUGGAAGAAAGGUACAAAGAUAACAUUCCCAGACAAAGGGAAUGAGCAGUUGAACCAGCUUCCAGCAGACCUCGUGUUCGUAAUCGAUGAGAAACCCCACGAUGUUUACAAGAGAGAUGGGAACGACCUUAUUAGGAACUAUAAAGUAACAUUAGCAGAGGCAUUGGGAGGAAAAACUGUCAACCUGACAACAUUAGAUAGUCGUGAAUUGACUAUUCCAGUGAAUCAAAUUGUAAGACCUGGUUAUGAGCUCGUGGUUGCAAAAGAAGGCAUGCCAAUCACAAAGGAACCUGGCAACAGGGGUGAUUUAAAGAUCAAGUUUGAUGUUAAAUUCCCUACAAGAUUGUCAGCCGAGCAAAAAGCUGCCCUCAAGCGCGCUUUGGGGUGAAGGUACUAAAUCCAAGCGACACUAUCGAUGAGCUAGCUACUAUUGAUUUCAGAAUAACAGCUGGAGUAAAGCAGAAUCACGUUAGAUAUAUAGAGUAUUAUUGUUGAUUCAUUCAUUUGUAAAUGAAAGAAAAAUGUUCUCCUUCAAUAGUUUGAUCCAUUUGCACAAUGAUAUAGUUUUUUUCUUUUAAGAUUCUUUAAAUUGGUUGUAGGUAAAAGCAAAGGGGUUAUGUCAAUUAUAAGUGUAAAUUGUUAUUUCUCCUUGGUGCUUAUUUGACUUUAUGUCAGGAUAUUGAGAUUUGGUUCGAUUAGAUUUCAGUUAUGAUUUAUACA